AUGCCAGAUCCUUUGGAGGCGCCAUUUAAAGGCCUCCUGCUUAUUACUGAGGCAGCUAGAGGUGGUGACUGCGGUGCUAUGAUUUACUUGGCUGAAAUCAACUAUAUUGGGUUCGGCAACAACCCUCAGCCCUUAAUAUCAACCCACAAAACUUCAACGGGAGGGAAUGAUGACAAGUUGAGUCAACAAAUGGACGCCAUGACUCUGGAUGAUUGCCUCUCCUCUCAGAAAACAGGUGUUCUCCUCCAGGGUGGACUGCCGUUUCGAUCUCAUCUAAGUCUUGUCAACACCACCAGCGGAAGUCGAACCAUGACAGUGCAGCGUGUAAUCUCGACACGUUAA